AUGGACAAAAGAAAACUUGAUUUCGUAUUUUUCUUCGGCGGAUUAGUGAACCGAUUACUCGAUCGCACUCGCACUCGCACCGGGCGGUGUAUAUCUGGAUCGCCCAAUCCCCGCAUCCUCCUCGCGUUGACGCACGCAGCCGCGGCUACCCCAGGACAAACCAUACUCCUCAACAAUAAACCUUUCGUCAUCACCACUGCAUCUUCUAGAUCAUUGCAUGAGAUCGACUCCAAUUCAAAGCCUAUUAACGGGCUUCAAAAAAUUUCAUUGGAGGUUAUUGCUAACCUGAGUGCCAGCAAGGUGGAAACUGGACAGCAGAUGGAAGGCGGCACUCAUAACAUUACCAACGUGACUGAGAAUGCGGCAUCUGGAUGGAGCAUUGUGAAGGAGGAGCUGACAUUUUCAGCUGGAAGUGCCCCUUUCAGUAGCUGCCAUGCUUCCACCAUUGUAGAGGAUGGUCACUGGCAUCCUCCAGAAGUUGCUGAUGAACAAGAUGGGGUGCCCAUGUGGAAUCCUGUACUAUUUCAGCUCCCUUCUCAUGAGCUGCUCCUCUUCUACAAGAUUGGUCAGGAAGUUCAGAAGUGGAGUGGUGCCAUGAAAAGAUCGCUGGAUGGUGGCAUAUCCUGGUCAGAGAGAGAGCAGCUACCGCCUGCAUUUUUUUUAGAAAAGGAGGAUGACCCCCGGCCUCUGCAUCUGGGAGAUGCAUGCGGCCAUUUUAUUGAUUAUUCUCGAGGACCUUACAAACCUUUCCUGCUUGAAGAUGGUCGCCUGCUAUGUGGGUCCUCGGUAGAAAGCUGGAACUCUUGGGGUGCAUGGUUGGAGGUCACAAAAGAUGGUGGCAGGACAUGGCGGAAGCACGGUCCUAUAUACAUAGAAGGUGAAACACUUGGGGUGAUUCAGCCAGUUCCAUACCAAACUGCCAAUGGGACAAUUCGGAUGCUUUUGCGAUCUUUUGAGACAAUUGGCCGUGUCUGCCUGGCGGAUUCUGCAGAUGGAGGUGUGACAUGGAGCUACGCGCACAAGACUGAGCUUCCUAAUCCAAACUCUGGGAUCGAUGGAGUUAAGAUGAAGGAUGGAAGAGUACUAGUUGCUUACAACACUUUCUCCAGGGGCACACUUAAGAUUGCAGUCUCCACGGAUGACGGUGAUUCAUGGAACGAGGUAAUGACACUAGAGGACACCAAAGGUAUGGAGUUCUCAUAUCCUGCGGUAAUCCAGACCAUGGAUGAGCUCGUACAUAUUACAUACACAUACAACCGGACGCAGAUUAAGCAUGUCGUUCUUCGACAUAGUGCUACGCAUGACAGAUUUUCCAAAGACUUCAAGUUGUGUCGGCUGGUGGUACUUGGCAGCAUGAUGGAGGAGGUGCCAUUGGGUGUCGUGGUGACGUCGACGAUAGCUAGGCCGAGCAAGGUUGAUGCAUCAGUACAGUUCUAA